AUGACAGACGUCACAGACGAAAUGUUUACUUCUCAAUUCGCUGUCCUACAGGACCUUUUCAGCGACAGCAUCUCUGCACAAGAAGCCGUGAGGGAUCUCGCUUCGAUCUCUUUAUCAAUGGAACCUGAAGCAGGCCUUGGUCGUCUGUGGGCUGUGAUAGUGGGAUGCGCCUACGAAUCCUCUGAAUACCAUGAUAAGCUCGUCGAGAUCCUAGUCCAAUUUUCUAAGCUCCCAAGCCCGAAAACAGCCAGCGGGGACACACUCAUUCUCUACGAUAUGCAAAUUUGGAAAGACCUCCCGACACUAGGCUGGGCACUCCGUGAUCACCGACAAAGUGCAAUUUCGAAAAUCAUCAACCGGGAUAAAUUCAUAGCAUUUUUGAUGGUAACCGAAGAACCUGUUUUCGCAUACUCAUGGUUUAGGCGAUUCCUUCUGCUGCGAUAG